AUGGCGGACUACAUGGCCUGUAUCUUCGGCGUUGAAGUUGUAUUUGAUCUUAGGAUCAAAAUUGUUGAAGUAAACGGAGAUUCAGCCUUGGUUGUUAGCCAAGUCAAAGGAGAUUGGGACACAAGAGAUCACAAGCUCAUCCCUCUCAAGGAGCAUGUCCUGAAACUGAUCCCUUACUUUGACAAGUUUACAUUCCACCACAUUCCUAGAGAGGAGAAUAAGAUAGUCGAUUCAUUGUCAACUUUGUCAUCCAUGUUUAAGGUCAAAUGGAAGAAUGAAGCACCCUCAUUUCACCUCGACUACUUGGACGAGCCUGCUUACUGUUUGGCGGUCGAAGAUAAAGCAUACGGUUAUCCUUGGUUCUAUGACAUCAUGAGAUUCUUAGAGAGCCAAAAAUACCUUAAGGAAGCAUCCAUCACCGAUAAGAAGUAUCUUCAAAAAUUGUCUUGCAAGUUCUUCUUAAGUGAAGGGGUACUAUACAAGAGAAAUUAUGAUUCGGUUUUGCUACUAUGUAUGAACAAGCAAGAAGCAAACUAG